AUGCUGCUGCGCGGCGAUGCGCGGCGCACGCGUGACGACUACCUUCUGGAGAUUUCGCUGUCGCUGCCGUUCCAGACGGACACGAAUACAGGCCUGGGAAUCGUGAUCAAGUGCUUCCUGGAGGGGCUCAUCACGUACCACGGCAGCAAGGUCACGCCCGAGGAGGCGGAUAGCGAGAGCGUCAAGGAGGCCAAGGAGACGAUUGCGGAGAUGCUCGAGAGCACGUUUGAGAGCGUCAAGAACAUCAAGCACGAGCUCGGCAAAGGCUUCCGGUUCUGGAGAGCUCUCAUGAUCAGCGUCCGGCUGCUGGGAGAGGAGAAGUCCAUGUCGCCCGAGACGGUGGAGCAGUUUGAAGCGGCAGACCGAUGGCUGGCGCCGAUGAACUUUGAGUGA